AAACACUAGGAAGCCACACAUUUUUGAGACGUUUUGCAAAUGUAGAAUGAGAAAACUAUUGAAGUGAUCUUCGAAAAGCUGUAACUAGAAGACAGAGAAAGUCUGCUACUGAAAAUGUAUGAACUGAAGCGGAAAUAAUAAAACCAGCAAAAUAUCCCGGAAGGCGGAAGCGGAGAAGCGGAAGUCUAAAAUACUUUACGUUUACAGCAUUAUGUACCGAUUUUGGACGAGUUUAUCACGAGCCAAGCAACCAGGUGUGGCAGAGGUAGAGGAAGGCGCAACUGCUACGAGCAGCAAUGUAGACCUCCACGACCAAGAGGCCGCUACCGGUUUUACGGAGCUGCAGGAGGUUUAUGACGAAGUGCCAUCCGCACCAGACGAGCAGGACUCAGAGUCAACAUCUUCAUCAGAAGAUGAGGAGCACUUCACCAGUGUGGACGACGGCGAGCAGAGUAUAAUAUCUUCCGCCCACAGCAAUCCCUUCGUGGACAUACCAUCGGCGAUACCUCCUGCUUCGCCUGGAAAAAAUGAAAAACGAGCAGAUGGUAGUGGUACAGCGGCACGAGGUGGAGGACAUCAACAAGCGAAGACAUCUUCGUCUUCGUCUUCGAGUUCGUACUUUUUUUUUGGCGGGUCCCAACCGGUCAUAAAGGAAGAGGCGGAGUCUGUGAUAGAAGCGACGCCGGUCGAUGAAAAUAAAGCUUUUUCGAAAAGUCCAGACGCAGCAGUUUUGGCAGACCAUGGCAUGAAGCUGAUACCUGUUCUCGACAAUGACUUUUCAACAUCCUCAUCGUCGAGUCACUUGAGAAGAGGCCAGCCGCCCGGGCCACCAGCACCUGCUAAUUUCGAGCUGCGCCGCACGACCUCAAGCUCGAGCAGGAGAAGCCACGGGGACGGAAAUAAUCUGGUGGAUGACGUCGACACUGGCGACGUCGUCCCUCCAGUAGAGCGGCGGAAGUCGAGCGCGUCGAAAUUGCACGAGCUCCUUUCGCCUGUGUUGCCAAAAACGUCGUUGCUUUCGAGGGCGAGCAGCAGCAGCACGCGGAAUGCCACCACUAGUACUAGAAACGGGUGCUCAGGGCGGAAACAGAAGGCAGAACAUCAAAGCGCAACAUCGCCGCAAAAGUUCUCUCCACGAAUCGCAGGAGCUACAAGUGGUAGUGCGUCCUCAUCCAGCACCAGCAGGCCCUCCGCCGCUAGGAAUACUGAGGGGUUUCGCGACCACGGUAAAAUCGACGAGAAAAUAAGCUGCAACCAGCCACAAGACUUCGCCGAUGACACCACUUCGGCGGGAUCGACAGCGACAUUGUCGAAGAAAACCGUCUCGAAGGACUCCUCUGCUAGUCACAACAGCAAUGCGACAACAAGCUCCUCCGAGGGGGAUCUUGGGCCGGGAAAACUUCUGUCUUGCUCCUCGUGGAAGGAAGUCAGUCGGGGGGUGAAAAUAGCCUGCGCCGUCGCAGUUUCAGGCGAUCUAGGUACUGGUGCUGUUUGGCCGCGUUUUGAGAUUCUGUGAAACAGCAAACUGAAAGCAUACCCUUCUUGCAGACGGCGCGAGCGCAGCUAGAUCCACUCUUUACGCGGAGGAGGAACAACGUCCAAUCAACUUUGAUGACGAUGAUGAUGAUAUGUUUGAUCAUGCUUCAAGCACAGCGCGAUGAAUUUGAUAACAGGCGCCACCGUCCAGGAGUACGGCGUUCAAGUCUCCCUGAUUGCGAUUAUCACCCUGUCCGCGGUGGUGUCCGUGCAGAUCCUGCGCAACCUCGCAACGUUUUGGAAAAUCUACCAGGAGCCGGGGUUUCAGGCUAUCGUGUUUUGCCUGUAUUUGGGUGUCUACCUGAUGACCAGUUUCUGCGUGCAGACCUACUUCUUUCUGCUGUACGAGGUGUUCCACGGCAUCUACCUGAUUCUGACCACAUUUGCGGCGGAGUCGGGGGAGCUGGCGCUCAGCUUCUUUCCGGUGAGCUACGUGCUGGUCGUGCUCGCGUGGCUGCUCAUCGUGCCGGGACUGCUGCCAGGUAUACUUGAAUUGGAUGAGAUGAAGCAAGAGGACGACACAGGUUUGUACUUGUAGUCAUGUGUCAGCUGCAUGUCGUUCAUGCGCAUGCCUCUUUGGCUCCUUCGAAUGUGAGGAAAUCCAAACCCACUCACCCGACUCGUCAGGUACUCUCGUUGUGGUUCUGAUCCUGGCGUUUGUCGUUGCCAUGUGGGCCAUGUGGGUCUUCCAAGCCGCAUGCACGUCGGUGAUGAAGCUGGAGCGCAAGUACGAGGCCUUCCAGAAGCGCCGGAAUCGAGCUGCGGCCGCGAAUGCAGCGAAGUCAUGACGAGUCGCUUUGUAGCCCUACUUGUACUUUCUACUUCUGGUCACAGCGACCUGCGGGACGAGAUAGAAAUGCUGAGCAGACUCACUGCAUGUUGCGUCGAUUCGCGCUCCUUGAGCUGCUUUGGCUGUGCUGAAGAAACAUGUACAUGGAUAUUUUCCGGCCCUCGGGCGUUUUCGCUUCGUACUGCGAAAAGAUUUUUGCUGAGUGGCGUUUACAAAUGUUACAACGUAUAUCAUGGAUGUGUGAGGACCUAGGAUGAAACAUUUGCUUCUGGAUGUAGGAGUCCUGCCUCUGAUCCUCGAUCAUACCCCUGUCCGUACUAAUGAACAUCAGACCGGAAGAACCGCCGUAGCAUAUCGCAUGGAUGACAAUCAUGCUGAAGAU